UUAAAAAAUUUAGCAAAGGUGUAAAUAUCCACUUUCCCAUCGCAAUAAAUUCACAUUUCCGACAAACAUGCAACUAACAAUCAAAAUUCUCAAAGGAGACGAGUAUGUCGUUGAGACGUCGGAAGAAUCCACCAUCCUGGCUAUCAAGCAGGACCUCGAGCGGAAGAGCAUGAUCCCGGUGGAACACCAAAAGUUGCUCCUGGUGGGCAAAACCCUUUCCGAUGAGAAAACCGUCGGCUCCUACGGAAACAUCAAGGACGGAACCAAGCUGACUCUGGUCGUGAAGAAGCCCGAUCCCCUGAGGGAGGUCAUUUUCCGACAGUUCAAGAAAUACCUCCAGGAAGAGCAAUCCCAGCGUCUCACGAACGAAUUCAUGAAGGAUUUCGACGGCAAAAUACAGCAGCUCAGCUUGGACGAUUUGGAAAAGAUAGCAAGCGACAUUCUCGCAAAGAAGGGUCAAAAUGUGUGAUACGGUCGAUCCGCGGCUGCGGCUAGGUUGUUAAAAUAAAUGCUUACCUUGUAAAA